GUAGGGGCAGCUUCGGGGGGCUCGGGUGGAGACAGCCGCCGCCGCCGCCGCGGCACUGAGAGGAUUCCCCCGUCCGCGCCUCCCUCCGCCCGCCCGCCCGCCCGCCCGGGCCUGCUCAGCCGUUGCCGCCGCCGCCGGAGUCCCGGCCCCUCCCGCGGGGAGGCACGAAGGUCCCGGGAGCCGCGACGGGGCAGGCGGGACCAUGUCCGGGCGCGCCCAGAGCGGCAAACUGUCCACGACGGAGCGCAUCGUGAAGGCUGUCCCUUUCCCUCCUACGCAGCGGUUAACCCUGAAAGAAGUUUUUGAGGAUGGGAAACCCAGGCUGGAGGUCUUAAGAAACCACUUGGUGAAAGAAGGGCGUCUGGAGGAGGAUGCAGCGCUGAAGAUAAUCAAUGAUGGAGCCUCCAUUCUGAGGCAUGAGAAGACCAUGAUUGAAGUUGAGGCUCCAAUCACAGUGUGUGGUGACAUUCAUGGGCAGUUCUUUGACCUGAUGAAGUUGUUUGAAGUUGGAGGAUCACCCAAUAACACACGCUACCUCUUCCUGGGAGACUACGUGGACAGAGGCUACUUCAGUAUAGAGUGUGUGCUGUAUUUAUGGAGUUUAAAGAUAAACCACCCCAAAACACUUUUCCUGCUCCGAGGGAACCACGAGUGCAGGCACCUCACAGAAUACUUCACCUUUAAACAAGAAUGUCGAAUCAAGUACUCCGAGCGGGUGUAUGAUGCAUGCAUGGAUACAUUUGACUGUCUUCCUCUUGCUGCCCUUUUGAACCAGCAGUUUCUGUGCGUGCAUGGAGGGCUGUCUCCUGAAAUCACAUGUCUAGAUGAUAUUAGGAAAUUAGACAGGUUUAAGGAGCCUCCAGCCUUUGGUCCAAUGUGUGACCUGCUGUGGUCUGAUCCAUCAGAGGAUUAUGGCAAUGAGAAGACACUGGAACAUUUUACCCACAACACUGUUCGAGGUUGCUCCUAUUUCUACAGUUACCCUGCAAUUUGUGAAUUUUUGCAAAAUAAUAAUUUGCUAUCUGUGAUUCGAGCACAUGAAGCCCAGGAUGCUGGGUACCGAAUGUACAGAAAGAGCCAGACUACGGGCUUUCCAUCCCUAAUCACAAUCUUUUCUGCACCAAAUUAUCUAGAUGUCUAUAACAACAAGGCUGCUGUGCUGAAAUAUGAAAACAAUGUCAUGAACAUCAGGCAGUUCAACUGUUCUCCACACCCUUACUGGCUUCCAAACUUCAUGGAUGUUUUCACAUGGUCUUUGCCUUUCGUAGGGGAAAAGGUUACAGAGAUGCUGGUUAACAUCCUUAACAUCUGCUCUGAUGAUGAGCUCAUUUCAGAUGGAGAUGAAGCGUUGGACGGAGGCACCACUGCCCGUAAAGAGAUCAUCAGGAAUAAGAUCAGAGCCAUUGGGAAGAUGGCACGAGUCUUUUCAGUUCUUCGGGAGGAGAGCGAGAGUGUUCUGAUGCUCAAAGGACUGACUCCUACAGGUACUCUGCCCCUGGGAGUCCUCUCAGGGGGGAAACAGACUCUACAGACGGCCACAGUAGAAGCGGUAGAGGCACGGGAAGCCAUCCGUGGAUUUUCGCCACAGCACAAGAUCCGCAGCUUUGAAGAAGCAAGGGGACUGGACCGUGUCAACGAGCGCAUGCCGCCACGCAAGGAUUCCAAGCACCCCGACGGGCCGGUGAACUUAACCUCCACAAACUCUGCGGAAAAGAACGGGAUGGGGAAGAAAGCCCAGUAGCAGUUCAGGCGCCGCCCACUCUGUCUCACUAAAGGAUCCAAAACUUAAUGAAUUCUAUUUAUUUAUUAUGAAGGGGGAGGGCAAGGGGGGGAGAAACCAACUUAGCCUGGAGGCACAUCCAUAAUCCAGUUUGCAUCCAUUCUGUAAGAGAGGUGACCAUUUUGUAAGUUUUUAAAAUUUUAUGUUCAAUAUAUAAAAAGUCAUCUUUUUUUAAUUUAGGAAUGGGUCUAAAUACUAGUACAUAUAUAAAGUGUUGUUUUGUACAGAUUGCCUGUCCCUGCCAGGAGGGAAGGAGCCUGUGCGUGUGGCUGGGGGGGUGGGAGGAAGGGAAGCAGAAACAACCCAGGGCAGCUCUGGGAUCUGAUUUUAUAAUGGAACCGUUUCAAGUUAUCCUUGUUUUUUAAAAGUGGCAACUUUCAUUUGAAAGCAACAUUUUUCUCCUCCCAGAUUUUGCUGUGUUUCUUCUAUUUCACACUGCAUCUGAUGCUCCAGCAGUUGACUUCCAUUAAAGGCAUGUUGCAUAGGGCAA